UUCCAAUAAGAUUUCGCUCUGCAUCGCUUCCAGGAUGUUUAACCGAAGACUUAAAGCUCCAGCAGUUACUGGGCAACAUAACUGACCCCCGACACGAACUUCCGAGUAGCCACCGGGCCACUCUAAUACUGGACAAGAAAGGAGUGGGUUUCGGGCGUUUGGGGCCGGGUCUGACAAAGAAAUCGCCUUUUCGCUACGUGAUCCCAUCGCGCAGCGGAUACACCCCUCCCCCAUAACCAACACUCAGAGCAGACCACCGAGUGAGAGGGCGGGCUGGGCUGGCCCGGGCCGUGCCGGGCAGGGCAGUGAGAGGACAUGACGAGGCUCCGAACCAGACGCUCUGCUGUCAGAACCCGACCCGCUGCCUCGGGGGAAGCAUCGACUAACUCAUCAGCCAAGAGGGGACAUCCGGGCCGGAAUCAUGGAAAGCAGCCGACGGAAGGAUAGCGGGCGACAGCCAAACGUGGGUCACCUGCUAUAUGCGUAGUCAAGCCAUGCCUUGGAAUUUGAGAAUCAUCAUCUGCUGAAAGGAAAAACAACAUGUCUGCAAAUCUAGAAGAUACAAGAAAAUGUUUCAUCCUCAGAACAGCAGGAAAUUAUUUUGGCAUUGCCCCAUCGGAUUCUUUCAUUUCAUCACUGGGAGACAGGAAAGAAUUGAACAAUUUUCUGGAUGAUGGCAAUGUGUUUGUUAUCUCGUUGCAGAAAUUGGGUGACCAGCUCGUUGUGUGUAAUAAGGUUGAAUCGGGGGAUAUCAAGGACAAAAUUUUGGUAUUUUUUAAGAUACGUCCAGAUGUUAUUACUGAAGAAAAUUUGCACACAAAUAUACUUGUGUCAUCAAUGCUGGAUUCACCCAUAAGUGCUUUUUAUCAAGCAAUACGGCAAAUAUUUGCACCAGUGCUAUUGAAGGAUGAGAAAUGGAGUAAGAGUUUUGACCCUAAACUUCAAAAUUUGUUGACUCAACUAGAAGCAGGGUUGGGGUCUAUUGUAAGGCACUCAGAUCAGUGUCACAGUGGAACAAGAUUUGGAGGGGAAGAGGACACUUCAGGAAUUCUUGAACCCAGUGAUGAAUUUCAGUUCUGGGCAGAAGUUGCUGCAAGCAGUGGUGAAACAGCCAAAAGGGAAAGGGCUCAGCUUUUUCAAGAACUAUUUAAACCAAUUACACAGUACAACAAUUUGGAUGCACUUUCUUUGGCUGAUGUAGUGGAUUUGGUUGAGACUACUCGUGAUACUGUAGAUGAUAUAUGGAGGCAAACUGAGCAUGAUUUUUAUCCGGAGUCACGCAUGCACCAUCUUCUAGAUGUCAUAGGAAAUGCUUUGGGUAGAUUUGUACAAAAAACUCUAAUGCAGUUAAACUUAUGGAGCGAUGCUUUCCACAUUGUGAAAGAAAACCUCAACUCUGGCAUUAUCAUCUGUGAGCAGUGGGUGUCAGCAUGUGAUCACCUGACUGGACAGUUUUGGCGACGAUAUACGCCUCAUCUAUGGAAAAGUGAGAAAUAUUAUCCAGAAUUGUUGGGUAAACUUGCCAAAAGACUUGAAGAGAUACAAACUAAUCGAAAUGUCCAUGAGAAGAUUAUGCGGCUGUUACCAGCUGGAGAGCAGCAAUUGCUUCACAAUGCCCAAGUAUUUGAGCCUUUUGUUGGACUGAAUCCAGUUCAGUAUAAUCCUUACACUGAGCCACUUUGGAAAGCUGCUGUAACACAGUUUGAACGCUUACUUGCUCCAUCAGAACAGAAGGUUGCAAACAAAUUGAAAGUCUAUAUUGUGGAAGUUAAAGACAAUCCCCAACAGCUUCUGCAGGCAUUUCAGAAAUACCAAGAAUUAGUCAAAAGGCCAAGUAUCAGCGAGGAGCUACUUUCAGAGCGUGAAAUGUUGUUGGCAAAACUUACAGAGUACAUUAAAGGCAUCCACACUGAUUUUGAGAGUCGGCGAUGUGGUAUUCCUGGAGAACCUUCAGGCCCUCUUUCAGGCAAAAAUCUCCCUGAGGUUGUCAAUAAUAUUGUUUGGGUUAGACAGCUAGAACUAAAGGCUGCAGAUACUGUAAAGGUUGCUGAAACUUUGCUGCAUGACUUGUCAGGAUUUCAAUCAUUUUGGCGAAAUUGUAAUGAACUUUUGGACCAGUUAAGGACCUAUGAACAAGAACAGUUUGAUGACUGGUCAAGGGAAAUACAAUCAUCCAUAUCAGAUCCCACAUCUGGUGUCAGUUUACAAGCCCAUGGUCGAAUUAUAGAGUUGGAUCACUGUGACGGGAAGUUGAAAAUACAUUACUCAGAUCGCCUUGUUUCUUUGUUGAGAGAAGUACGCCAGCUUUCUGCUUUGGGUUUUGUCAUUCCUAAAAAAAUCCAACAAACAGCAAAUACUGCUGAGAAGUUUUACAGACAAGCAGUUAUUCUCAAACAAGUUGCGCACUUUUACAAUACUAUUGAUCAGCAGAUGAUUCCUAGCCAGAGACCCAUGAUGCUAAACUCUGCUUUAUCCUUUGAACAGAUAAUAAAGAACCCAAAAGCUGGAACCAAAGAAACUGGCGGAAGAAUACAGAUCACUUGGGAUAACCCCAGAGAGCUGGAGGCCUAUAUUCAGAAACUUCACGCUGCAACAGAACGGCUUACCACAGAGAACAGAAAAUUGAGGAAGUGUCAUACUGAUUUCCAUGAUAAGGUUGUAGCUCUUAUGAACAUUGACCUACUUCGCCAGCAACAACGAUGGAAAGAUGGUUUGCAGGAACUCAGAUUCAUUUUCUUCACCCUUGAAUCACAGGGAUUUCGCCCCGUUGAUAUGAAAGCAUGGCGCCAGCAUUGGAACCAUCAGCUGUAUAAAGCUUUGGAACAUCAAUAUCAAAUGGGCUUGGAGGCCUUGAACGAAAACCUUCCUGAAAUCCAUGUUGAUCUGACAUUCAAACAAGGAAGGCUGCAAUUUAGACCAUCAUUUGAAGAAAUACGAGCAAAAUACUACAGAGAAAUGAAAAAGUUUAUUUCUAUUCCAAAUCAUUUCAAGGGAGUAAGUGAACCUGGUGAAGAUUCAAUCUUUGUUACUAUGAUUGAGAGAAAUGCAAAAGGUUUCAUCACUGUUUAUAGUAAAGCAGAAGAUCUGUUCAAACGCUUGGCAGCAACGUUGGAUAAGUUUCAGGAAUGGGUUGUACUUGGACAAGUGAAUGUUGAAGUAUUAGUUGAAGAGAAUCUCCAUAGUGUGCACGAUUGGGAGAAGAAUUUCAAGGCUCUCAAAGGAAAAGGAAAGGAUUCUGAGAGGCUUCCCAGUGUGGUGAAAGUGGAUUGUAUUACAAUUAACUGUAACCCAGUGAAAGCAGUGAUUGAUGACCUUAUCCAGAUGCUGUUUGAUGUCUUGUUACAGUUAUUAAGGAAGUCUAUACAAGUGAAUGUCCAUGAGAUUGACAGUUUUGUAAAUGAUGCAAUGGAAUUGUUAUCAAAAAGACCUGAGACAGUGGAAGAAAUUGGAGAAGCAAAUUCAAAACAUAUGGAGAUUACUUCAAAAAAACCUCAGAUUUUACCACUGUUUCAAGAUGCUGAAGAUAAAAAUAAGUUGCUGCGCUCUGUAGCAGGCGGUGGUCUUGAGACUCUUAGUAGUCUACAAGCAAAAUGGGACAAAUUUCAAUUAAUGAUGGAGAGCCAUCAGCUUAUGGUGAAUGAACAGAUUGAAAUUAUGAAAGCAAAUGUCGAAUCUCAAGUAAAGAUGUACGUCCAAAAGCUGGAAAAGUUUGAAGCUCGCUGGAAUCAGUUAAAGCCAAGUGAUGACAUUGUUGACAGUGGAACAAGGGAAAUUCUCAAUAAAUGUGUUGAAUGCAUAAAGGAGAAAAGAGCUGAAUUUGAUGAGCUGGAGACAACCAGAAAGAAGUUGAUAGAAGACUGUCGCCACUUUAAAGUAGGAGAACCAGAAUUCGAGUUGGCAGAGAGGCUUCAUAAGGAUCUUGAACAUUAUGAAAAUAUGUGGUCAUUAUAUGAGGAUUUUACGAAUGGAUUACAAAGUAUGGUAAAUGAGGACUGGAUCUCCUUUAGGAAUAAGUCUUACAUAUUUGAGGAAUUUUUAUUGAUGUGGCAUGACAAGCUGAGAAAGAGAAACGAACAAACAACAGUGACUGUCAAAUUGCAGAAGGAUGUUGAUAAGUACAAGAUCGUUGUGCCUGUUCUGAAGUAUGUCCGUGGAGAACAUCUUUCCCAGGAUCAUUGGCUGGAUAUGUUUCACCUGAUAGGCAUGCCCAGAGGCACCACGUUAGAACAAUUGCAAUUUGGAGACCUAUUGAAAGUGGCAGAUGUUUUGGUGGCAAAAUCUUUAGAACUAAAGGAACUUAACAAUCGAGCACAAGGAGAAGUAUCCAUUAGAGAAGCAUUACGGGAGCUGGAUGUAUGGGGGGCUUCAUCAGUCUUUUUGAUGACAGAUUACCAGGAUAGCCAGAAGACAACUAUCAAACUGAUUAAAGAUUGGAAAGACAUUGUCAACCAGGUUGGCGAUAACCAGUGCUUAUUGCAGUCUCUUAAGGACUCUCCCUAUUAUAAAGGAUUUGAGGACAAGGUAUCUAUUUGGGAAACCAGAUUAGCAGAUCUUGAUGAAUAUCUACAUAACUUAAAUCAAAUUCAAAGAAAAUGGGUCUAUCUGGAGCCAAUCUUUGGCCGUGGAGCUCUUCCUAGAGAACAGGGACGUUUUAAAAGAGUUGAUGAUGAUUUCAGAUCAAUCAUGGUAGAUAUUCAGAGGGACAACAGAGUAACUUCACUCUGCGUGAGAGCUGGCAUAAGACAUUCUCUCAUUGCCAUAUUAGAUCAGAUGCAAAGAUGUCAGAAGUCACUCAAUGAAUUUCUGGAGGAAAAACGUUCCACAUUCCCAAGGUUUUAUUUCAUUGGUGAUGAUGAUUUACUGGAAAUUCUGGGACAAUCAACCAACCCUUCCAUCAUUCAAACUCAUCUCCGAAAACUUUUUGCUGGUAUAAACAGUGUAGAUUUUGAUGAAGAUUUCCAACACAUUGUUGCAAUGAGGUCUUUGGAUGGUGAAAUUGUGCCUUUAAAAAGCAAGAUUUGCAUUUCAGAUGAUGUUGAGGUUUGGCUGAAUAAUUUGGCUGGAGUAAUGAAAGAGACUCUGAAGGAGCUGUUGGUUGAGUGCAUUAAUGCUUGGAAACAGUCGCAAGGUACUAUUGACCCAUCACGAUUUCCAUCACAGAUCCUUUGCUUGACAGAGCAGAUUCAGUUCACAGAAGAAGUUGAAAAUGCCAUAAAAAAGCAUAGCUUGCAGCAGCUAAAUGAAGAACUGGUGGCAAAACUGGAAAACUACACAAGUAUAAACUCUUAUAAUGAGGAAGCAGGGAGUACAGAGACUUCCGUUUUGGAGUUUAAGCUGAAAGCUCUCAUUCUUGACAUUAUUCACAACAUCGAAAUAGUCAAGCAACUGAGUCAAGCACAGAUUCGUAGCACUUCAGAUUGGGCUUGGAAGAAGCAACUUCGGUUCUAUAUGAAACCAGAUAAGAAUUGUUAUAUUCAGAUGGUGGAUGCAGAGUUCCAAUAUACUUACGAAUACCAGGGCAAUGCUCCAAAGCUGGUUCACACUCCUCUAACAGAUAAAUGCUACCUGACUCUCACACAAGCCAUGAAGAUGGGGCUUGGAGGAAAUCCAUAUGGACCAGCUGGUACUGGCAAGACAGAAUCUGUGAAAGCACUUGGUGGCUUGUUUGGAAGACAGGUUCUUGUUUUUAAUUGUGAUGAGGGUAUUGAUGUGAAAUCAAUGGGCCGUAUUUUUAUUGGUUUGGUGAAAUGUGGUGCGUGGGGCUGCUUUGAUGAGUUCAAUCGUCUGGAGGAAGCUGUACUGUCUGCUGUUUCAAUGCAAAUUCAGGCUAUUCAGGAUGCCCUGAAAAAUCACAGGCGGUUCUGUGAGUUGCUGGGGAAGCAGCAUCUGCAGAAUUCCUGUUGUAACUUUGAAAGCCUGUUUGGAUUAAUUGCUCGUUCUACAGUAAAGGGGGCCUUACUGAACAGGUCUGAGUUCAGUAUUGAGUACGUGACUCAGGUUGAUCUGGAUUCGAAUUCUGGAAUAUUCAUUACCAUGAAUCCUGCUGGAAAAGGUUAUGGAGGACGACAAAAACUCCCCGAUAAUCUGAAACAACUUUUUCGGCCUGUUGCUAUGUCACGGCCUGAUAAUGAACUUAUUGCUGAAGUGAUUCUUUACUCAGAAGGAUUUAAAGAUGGUAACGUGUUGGGAAGAAAACUAGUGGCCCUCUUUAACUUAUCUAAAGAGCUCCUUAUGCCACAGCAACACUAUGACUGGGGUCUGAGAGCAUUGAAGACUGUCCUGAAGGGUUGUGGAAGUCUGCUUCAGCAGCUAAAAAAAAGCAGAAGAGAAAUUGAUGAGAGUCAUAUUGUAGUGCAGGCUCUCCGUCUUAAUACCAUGUCAAAAUUAACAUUUGCUGAUUGUACACGGUUUGAUGCUUUAGUGAGAGAUAUUUUCCCUGGUGUUAACUUUAAAGAUGUUGAAUAUGUUGAGCUGACUGCAGCUCUACAUGAAGCAUUUGAGGAAGCAUACCUUGAAAUUGUACCCAACCAGAUAAAAAAAGCUUUGGAACUUUUUGAACAGCUACGCCAGAGAAUGGGAGUAGUUAUUGUGGGGCCAAGCGGUGCAGGAAAAUCAAUUCUGUGGCGAAUGCUGCAGGCAGCUCUUGGCAAAAUAAACAAGGUGGUGAAGCAGUACACAAUAAAUCCUAAAGCCAUGCCACGCCAUCAGCUUCUGGGACACAUUGACAUAGAUACUCGAGAAUGGACUGAUGGUGUGCUGACGAAUAGUGCCCGUCAGGUUGUUCGUGAGUCACAGGAAGUUCACUCUUGGAUUAUCUGUGAUGGAGACAUUGAUCCUGAGUGGAUUGAGUCCCUAAACUCUGUGCUGGAUGAUAAUCGACUACUCACCAUGCCAAAUGGAGAAAGAAUUCAAUUUGGGCCAAAUGUUAAUUUUGUGUUUGAAACUCAUGAUCUUAGCUGUGCUUCUCCUGCUACAAUAUCCAGAAUGGGCAUGAUUUUCCUGAAUGAUGAAGAUAUAGAUGUAAAUUCUUUGGUGAAGUCUUGGCUGCGAAACCAGGCAGAUGAAUGCAGGAACAAUCUUGAAAACUGGAUUGGCGACUACUUUGAGAAGAGCUUGAACUGGGUUUUGAAGCAAAAUGACUUUGUAGUAGAAACAAGUCUGGUUGGAACAGUUUUGAAUGGUCUUUCUCAUCUUCAUGGAUGUAUGGAAUGUGGACAAUUCAUAAUAAGUUUAAUUAGAGGUCUUGGUGGCAAUCUUAACAUGAAAUCUCGACAAGAAUUUUCUAAAGAGGUUUUAAACUGGGCAAGAGAAUCACCACCUGAUCCCCGUCAACCUCUGGACACAUAUUAUGAUCAUCAGAGCGGGCGUCUUAUGGCAUAUCAAAUGGAGAAACCAGAAAAUCUGACAGCUGAUGAUUUCAGUAACCCUCAAAACCUUCCUGUCAUCCGAACUCCUGACAUGCAAAGGGGUUUAGACUAUUUUAAGCCUUGGUUAAAUUCUAAGAGCAAUCAUCCAUUUAUACUAGUAGGACCUGAAGGAUGUGGAAAAGGGAUGCUUCUUCGUUAUGCUUUCUCUCAGCUCAGAUCCACACAGAUUGCAACAGUUCACUGUAGUGCACAGACCUCACCUCGACAUAUUCUGCAAAAGUUGAGCCAGACGUGCAUGGUUAUAAGUUCCAACACUGGCCGUGUAUACAGGCCCAGGGAUUGCGAACAUUUAGUAUUAUACUUGAAAGAUAUUAAUCUACCCAAACCAGACAAGUGGGGAACCAGCAGUGUUAUUGCUUUACUGCAACAGGUAUUGACUUAUCGUGGAUUUUAUGAUGAGAAUUUGGAAUGGGUUGGAUUAGAACAUAUUCAGAUUGUGGCUUCAAUGUCAGUUGGUGGAGCUAUGGGACGACAUGCCCUAACAACAAGAUUUACAUCUAUUGUCAGGAUCUGUACAAUAAAUUAUCCUGAUAGAGAGCAACUGCAGGCAAUAUACAGUGCAUAUUUGCAGCCUGUGCUACAUAAGAAUCUGAAAAAUCAUCCUAUAUGGGGGAGUCUUACCCGAAUACAUCAGCUGGCCAGUUCACUAGUACAAGUUUAUGAACAGGUUCGGACAAAGUUCACAGUAGACGAUAAUGGUCAUUACCUCUUUACUCCUUGCAUUCUUACUCAAUGGGUACUUGGGUUGUUUCGCUAUGACCUUGAGGGAGCUGAAUCACAAACAUCAGUGGACCAUGUUCUUGAAGUUGUUGCGUAUGAGGCACAUCGUUUGUUCCGGGAUCGUAUAGUUGGAUCCAAGAAUCUAAAUAUUUUUGACAACAUUUUAAUAUCAUUUAUUCGAGGAGAUUGGGGAUCUGAUUUACUGGACGACAUAAUGGAUUCAUUUUAUGUAACCUGGGGAGCUCGGCAUGAAGCUGGCUCUAUGACUGCCCCGGACCAGCCAUUACCUCCUUAUGGAAAGAUGCUGGGAAAGUUAAAUUCUUCUGACUUGAAGGAUGUUAUCCAAAAGGGUAUUGUUCAGUAUGGAAGAGACAACAGGGAGAUGGAUAUUUUGCUUUUCCAUGAAGUUUUGGAUUACAUGGCAAGAAUAGACCGAGUGCUGAGCUGUCCUGGAGGCUCGCUGCUACUAGCAGGACGAAGUGGUGUAGGUCGUAGGACGGCCACCUGUGUGGUCAGUCACAUGCAUGGAGCAAUAUUAUUUACACCAAAAAUUUCUAGAGGAUAUGAGAUCAAGCAGUUCAAAACUGAUUUAAAACAUGUGAUGCAGCUCGCAGGUCUUGAAGGACAUCAGGUAGUGUUGCUUUUGGAGGACUUCCAGUUUGUUCACGCACAGUUCCUUGAGAUGGUGAACAGCUUACUAUCUUCAGGAGAAGUGCCAGGCCUUUAUACACCAGAAGAACUGGAACCAAUCCUGUCACCUUUAAAAGACCAAGCCUCACAAGAUGGAUUCCUUGGACCUAUCUUUAAUUACUUCACUUAUAGAAUUCAGCAAAAUUUACAUGUUGUCCUUAUUAUGGAUUGCACUAACUCCAAUUUUACAAUUAACUGUGAAAGUAACCCAGCUUUUUACAAGAAGUGUGCGGUACAAUGGAUGGAGGGAUGGACUAAUAGUAGCAUGAAGAAAAUUCCUGAUAUGUUGUUUUCAUUGAGCCAUGGACAAGAGACAAAAGGAAAAUCACGUAAAAAUUCAACUUCUGGUGCUGGUGAUCUAACAAAGUCUUUCCUUUUGAUUCAUGAGUCUUGCAAAGCAUAUGGAGCUACUCCCCACAGAUACAUGAUUUUCCUGAAUACAUACAGCUCCAUCUAUAAUACCAAGAAAACUGAUCUAAUGAAACAGCAAAGUCAUUUACAGGCUGGAGUUUCUAAGCUAAAUGAAGCUAAAGCACUUGUUGAUGAACUGAAAGGAAAGGCAGCAAAGCAGAGCUCUUUACUUAAAACCAAGCAAGCGGAAGCUGACGCUGCUCUGCAGGAGAUUACAUUAUCAAUGCAGAAUGCAAGUGAACAGAAAACUGAAAUGGAACAGUUAAAACAGAAGAUAGCUGAGGAAAUGGUGAAAAUCGAAAAGCGUAAAGGUGUAAUUGACAAUGAACUUAUGCAUGUCCAGCCUUAUGUAGAUGAAGCCAGGCGAGCGGUUGGAAAUAUAAAGCCAGAGUCACUCUCAGAAAUACGGUCACUGCGUAUGCCACCUGAUGUCAUCAGGGAUAUUUUGGAAGGAGUAUUACGGCUGAUGGGUAUUUUUGAUACUUCAUGGGUCAGCAUGAAAAGUUUCUUGGCAAAACGGGGAGUGAGAGAGGAGAUUGCAACCUUUGAUGCCUGGAGUAUUAGCAGAGAAAUCAGAGAGAGUGUAGAAGGACUUUUGCAGAAGAACAGCGCUUCUUUUGACCCAAAGAAUGCAAAGCGUGCCAGUGCUGCAGCUGCUCCAUUGGCUGCAUGGGUUCGAGCUAAUGUGAAAUAUUCAUAUGUCCUGGAAAAGAUUCAACCACUGGAAAAAGAACAAGCUGUGUUGAUGGAAAACCUAAAUAAAACUGAAGAAAGAAAACAAAAUCUGGAAAUCAAGCUCCAAAGUGUGGGACAGAAAGUGGCUGAACUUAAAGAAAAGUUCCAGAUCAGAACAACUGAAGCAGCUAAAUUGGAAGCAGAAGUAAAUAAAGCUCAGGAGACCAUAGAGGCAGCUGAAAAACUGAUUGGUCAACUUGAUGGGGAACACAAAAGGUGGAUUACGCAAGUUGCAGAGAUCACAGAAGAGUUAAAUACUUUGCCAAAGAGGGCACAACUGGCUGCUGCUUUUAUCACCUACCUGUCUGCAGCUCCAGAGGAUCAGAGAAAAGCCAGUUUGGAGGAAUGGAUGAAAUUGUCAGGCCUUCAAAAGUUUGAUCUACGUCGAUUCCUCUGCACUGAAAGUGAGCAAUUGAUUUGGAAGAGUGAAGGAUUACCUUCUGAUGACUUGUCCAUAGAGAAUGCUCUUGUAAUUUUACAGAGUAAAGUAUAUCCAUUUUUAAUAGAUCCCUCUUCACGUGCCACUGAGUGGUUAAAGCAGCACAUGAAAGAGGCACGUUUGGAAGUUAUAAACCAACAGGACUCUAACUUCACCACAGCAGUAGAACUGGCAGUACGUUUUGGGAAGACACUGAUUAUACAAGAGAUGGAUGGUGUUGAGGCAGUACUAUACCCACUGCUGAGAAAGGAUCUUAUAGCUCAGGGACCUCGCUAUGUUGUACAAAUUGGAGACAAAUUAAUUGAUUACAAUGAAGAAUUUUGCUUGUUUUUGGCAACUCGCAACCCCAACCCUUCUAUUCCACCGGAUGCAGCUUCUAUUGUCAACAAGAUUAACUUUACAACAACAAGGGAAGGUCUCAGGGGGCAGCUUUUAGCAGUCACCCUGCAACAUGAAAAACCGGAGCUAGAAGAACGCAAGACAGCACUUCUACAACAGGAAGAGGAGAAAAAGAUUCAAUUAGCAAAGCUUGAAGAUUCUCUGCUGGAGACACUAGCCACUUCGCAAGGAAAUAUAUUGGAGAACAAGGAGCUUAUAGAAUCACUGAAUCAGACCAAAGCCAGCAGUGCACUAAUUCAAGAAUCCCUCAAUGAGUCUUUCAGAUUACAGAUGUCAUUAGAUCAGGAAAGAGAUGCAUUCCUCCCACUUGCUGAGACCGCCAGCAAGAUCUUCUUUAUUAUAACAGAUCUGUCCAAAAUAAAUAAUAUGUAUUGUUUCAGUCUUGCAGCCUUUCUUAGGCUCUUCCAGCGAUCAUUGCAGAACAGAAAGGAAUCUGAAAACACAGAUGUCUGCAUCACAACACUGAUAGCUAUACUGAAAACUUCGGUGUAUGAAUAUAUUUGCAGAUCACUGUUUAAGGCCGAUCAACUGAUGUUUGCUUUGCAUUUUGUCCGUGGAAUGCAUCCAGAUCUUUUCCAAGAAAAUGAAUGGGAUGCAUUUACUGGUUUGAUUGUUGGAGACAUGCUUCGGAAAACGGAUAGUCAAAAGUCUAAGCAUGAAUCAAUUCCAUCUUGGAUUGAUCAAGAGAGGGCUGCAGCAAUCACACUAUUAAAGACUACCUUCCCAUCUUUGUAUCAGACACUCUGUUUGGAAGAUAUCGAUCUUUGGCUCAAUUUUUCUCAAAGUUCAACCUGUGAACAAGACAUCCCAGCAUCCAUUGCUCGAAGAAUCACCCUUUUUCAACAGGUUCUGGUUGUUCAAGCAAUAAGACCAGACAGACUUCAAAGUGCCAUGGCUCUUUUUGCAUCCAAAGCUCUUGGAAUGAAGGAAUUAUCCCCACCUCUCUUAAGUCUGAAACGCCUUUUAAGUGAAACAGUGGCAACCGAACCAGUUCUCAUUAUCAUUUCACCCGGUGCUGACCCAUCCCAAGAACUUCAAGAGCUGGCCAGUGAAACCAUUGGUAGAGAAAACUUCCAUGAGGUGGCAAUGGGCCAGGGUCAAGCUGAUGUAGCUAUCCAAACACUAAAGGAAUGUGCACGCAGUGGAGAAUGGUUGUGUUUAAAGAACUUGCAUCUGGUUACAACCUGGCUGCCAGUUUUAGAAAAGGAGCUGAACAGACUCGAAUUUCAUACACAUUUCCGUCUUUGGCUUACUGCUGAAAGCCAUCCAAAGUUUACUCCAAUAUUACUGCAGUCUAGUCUCAAAAUAACAUAUGAGGCACCGCCAGGUUUGAAGAAGAAUUUAAUGAGGACAUACGAGUCCUGGACAUCAGAACAAAUUGCUAGGAAAGGUGUUUUACAAAGAGCACAAUCCCUCUUCAGUUUAGCCUGGUUCCAUGCUGUUUGUCAGGAGAGGAGGAACUACAUUCCUCAGGGGUGGACCAAAUUUUAUGAAUUUUCCUUGUCUGAUCUCCGAGCUGGAUUUGAAAUAAUUGACGGACUUUUUGAAGAAACAAAGGAUGUUCAGUGGGAGUUUGUUCAUGGUCUGUUGAAAAACGCCAUCUACGGUGGACGCAUCGAUAAUAUAUUUGAUCUACGGGUUCUGAAUUCAUAUCUAGAACAAUUUUUCAACCCCAAAGCAAUUGGUGGAUCACAAUCCAGGACCAAAAAUGUAGCAUCAUUUCCAUCAUCAAUCACUGUGCCUAAGUCCUGCAACAUUAUGGAGUACCGUGCUGUUAUCAGCCGUUUACCAGAAGAUGACAAGCCUGCAUAUUUUGGUCUACCUGCCAACAUAGAACGGUCGUCACAACGUAUUUUCAGCAACCAGGUCAUUUCCCAGCUGCGGAUUCUAAGCAGGUCAAUGACAGCAGGAUGCAAAUUUGACAGAGAAAUUUGGUCCACUGAGUUAUCUCCCAUUCUUAACCUCUGGAAAAAACUUAACCAGGGCUCUCAGCUAAUUCACCAAAAAAUAUCUCCUCCGAAUGAGAAGCAGGGUUCUCCUAUCCAGUCAUUCAUAGCUUUGGAACAAUACAAUGCCAUACGGUUGGUGCAAAGUGUUCAUCAGUCUCUGGCAGCAUUGAGCAAAGUUAUAAGAGGAACAUCAUUAUUAACAUCCUCAGUGCAGAAGCUGGCAAAUGCACUGAUGAAUCAAGAGUGUCCUUUGAGCUGGCAGGACAAGUGGCAGGGACCUGAAGAUCCCAUGCAAUACCUCCGAGGAUUGGUAGCUCGUGCUCUUGCAAUACAGCAAUGGGUUGAAAAAGCUGAGAAUCAGUCAUUGCUGUCCGAUACCCUAGACCUAUCUGAACUGUUCCAUCCAGAUACUUUUCUGAAUGCUUUGCGUCAAGAAACGGCAAGGGUUAUUGGUUGCCCAAUAGACAGCUUGAAACUUGUGGCAACAUGGAAAGAACGGAUACUGGAUGCAAAACUUCAAGUCAGGAUUGGAGGUCUGUAUCUAGAGGGAUGCAGCUUUGAUGGGAAUCGACUUUCAGAAAAUCAGCACAAUUCUCCCAGUGUGUCAGCUGUUCCCUCGUGUUACAUGGCCUGGAUUGCUCAGGAUGCUAUCGGGCCAUACUCUCCUGAAGAAUGCAUCUCCUUACCUGUCUACACCAGUGCUGAACGAGAUCAAGUAGUCAUAAAUCUAGAUGUUCCCUGUGGGGUCAGCCGGGAUCAAUGGAUUCUUUGCGGAGCAGCUUUAUUCCUGAGAAAUCAGUAGUUUGCUUUUUUUAAAUGAUUUUUCAAAGCAUGAAACUCCAAAUUUGAAAUAGGAGCAGAAGAUUUAUUUUUUCUGUGUUGAACAUCCUAUUGAUUCAAAUUGCUUACUGCCUAUAAAAAUGAGGCAUUCUAGUACAAAUCCUCUAAAAUAUGUUAGUUUCUCUAUUUAACUAAAGUUGUAUUAUUUUAAUUAUAAUUUAUCUGAAUUAGGUCAGUUCAUUCCAUUCAGUGAUUGUCAUUUGCUGGAAAGGAAAUGUUUUCAAAUAGUUUCACCAUACAUGGCCUCAGGAAUGUGUUUGUUUUUCAAUUUCUUACCUGUUAAUGCAGAAGUGUGAUGUUACAGAGUAUGUUUUGUUGUAAUGUCUUUCAUGAACAUGACCAAAGAUGGGCACUCCACUGUUUGUUUAAAUAUGCUAUUUAGUUGU